AUACCGACACCAGGCACCCCAGAAGCGCUCUGCCAUUCCUGCGAAUGACAAAAGGGCCCCUCGAGGAUCGAACUCGAGACCUGCUGAUACGCCGCAUGCAUUUGCAACUGCAGUCAGCUGCUCUACCACUGAGCUAGAGACCCAUCCUAUAGGCGACAUCACCGUGGCUCAAGUCGCCUAGUCAUACAGACUGGCGUUGUUUCGCACAGGAGACUGCCUCGAUUGGUGCAGACUCAUUGUGAUGGUGAUGCAUCGGCUCCGGCCUGGGCACGUUCAGCCCAUCAGCGGGCAACGGCACCGGCACUGCGCCCGGCAGCACGCGCUGCCGGCAGCGGCGCCACCAACGGCUCCCUUAGCACCGCAAACAGCGACACGGCCCCUGGGCGACUCUGCGAGUUCGUUGAUGGCCAGUACGGCCAGUACUUGUACCGCAUCAACGCCGUCAGCCCAUGCCGCCGUCAUUUCCAACGAGCUGCAUGCUCUUGGUCCCGAUAAGCUAGUGAAUGCAGUGUGUGGCGUCAGCAGGGAGGGUGCCUGCCCUGAGGCCCUGGUCGGCUACUCGCUCCGUGUAACGUUUGAGGAUGUGGACUGUGGCGCCCGCAACAUUACCAUCCACGGCAAGGACUGCUGAAGCGCUGAACCCACUCGCUCACGUAAGUAAUAAGGUGCGGGUGUGGGUUUGGGUGCGGGCGGGUGCGGGUGCGGGCGGGUGCGGGUGCGGGUGCGGGUGCGGGUGCGGGUGCGGGUGCGGGUGCGGGUGCGGGUGUGGGUGCGGGUGCGGGUGCGGGUGUGGGUGUGGGUGUGGGUGUGGGUGUGGGUGUGGGUGUGGGUGUGGGUGUGGGUGUGGGUGUGGGUGUGGGUGUGGGUGUGGGUGUGGGUGUGGGUGUGGGUGUGGGUGUGGGUGUGGGUGUGGGUGUGGGUGUGGGUGUGGGUGUGGGUGUGGGUGUGGGUGUGGGUGUGGGUACGGGUGCGGGUGCGGGAGCGGGAGCGGUAGCGGGUGUGGGUGCGUGGGGGUGCGGGUGCGAAUGCCCCUACCUCCUCUGGGUUAGCGCUGUUUGACGUACGUACAUACCGUACUGCCACUCCUGAACUCGAAGCAGUCUUCCUCACAUUCAAAGCCCUUCAUGCCGCGCCUCGCACCCCUCAGGUUCUGAGCCUGAUGGUAACGGCAGCCUGCGGCAGCAGUCGGGCUGCGGGCCUGCGGCGGACAGCGCGAGAGGGUGCAGCAGCAGUGUAAUGUGACAGGAGCUAUAGCGAGGCGGCAGUCAACUGUUGUAUUGAUGUGUAACUGUUUCUUGUAUUGAUGUGCUGCUGCGGAGGUCAUUAAUGCGGAGGUCCUUGUGGAGUUGCAAGAGCCAGGCGGCAUCAGGGAGCAUGACUGGCUGGCUGCAGGCUGCGCGGAAUCCAUGGGUAUGUGAUGGGACAGUGUCAUAUGAUGAACCAAGCCAUGUGCGUGGGCGGGAGUUCAUGGGUAAGUUGUGUAAGUUGGACAUAGG